AUGCCCACAACGCGCCCCCGCGCAGCGGCCGACGCCUCCCGCUCGCUCUACGCCGACUCCGACUCCGGCGGCGACACCGAACGCGAACAAACGCCCAAGCCCGCCGCGCGCCCCACCUCCAAGAAGCGGCUCAGCGAACGCCUCUACGACCCCGACGCGGGCGACGGCAGCUUCUCGCUCGACGGCGCACCCGGCCCCGCAAACGGCGCGCGCCCCCCGCUCAAGAGCGUGAACAUCAACGACGAUGCGGCUGAGAAACGGAGACGCAGGAAGAGCGCGAAGGUUACGAUCCAGCUCGACGACGACAACGCCGAGGCGGGCCCGUCCAGCGGCGCCGGCACCUCUGAGGCCGCGAAUGGCUCCUCCGACCCUGCUCGAGCGACGACGCUGGGCCGCACGAAGAGCCAGAUGCUGAACGUGCCCCAGGCACCGGUCAUCAACGUCCCUAUGGACGUCAUGAGCUCCAAUUUCGACCAGUGGAUGAAGAUGGCGACCGACAACAAAAUCAACGCCGCCAACUCCUGGAACUUCGCGCUCAUCGACUACUUCCACGACAUGUCCCUCCUCCGCAACGACGCCGACAACUCCAUCAACUUCCAGCGCGCCUCCUGCACGCUCGACGGCUGCGUCAAGAUCUGGACGUCCCGCGUCGACUCCGUCGGCACCGAGACCGGCAAGCUCCUCUCCAACCUCGCCAACGAGGGCGGCGCGGACGACGACGACGACGGCGCCGGGUCCGACAACCCGGACGGCGGCGACCCCUCGCAGUCCCAGCGCAAGCGCAAGGCGUACCGCCCCGAGUCGACGCUCGCAAAGUCCGCCGCACAGCUCCGGAGCAAGAAGCUCGAUCUGGAGUUUAGCGUGGACCCGCUGUUUAGGAAGACGUGUGCGGACUUUGACGAGGGCGGCGCGCAGGGCCUGCUCAUGAACCAUCUCGGCCUCACCAUCACCCCCGACGGAAGUUUGCGCGUCGUUUUCGACGCCAGUGAUUCGGUCGCCAAGGGCGAAGAAGAGGAACAGCCUCUUGAAGAGCCCAUCGACUUAGUCGACCUCAGCUAUCUGCGAGAACACUUCCUACCGGACAUCGAGGCCAUCGACUCGCAAGAAAUCUCGCACGAGCUCGAGGGCUUCUCCUUCGGCAAAGACAACUUCUCCGCCGACGACACCUUCUUCCGCGACGGCACGCACGCCCCGCACCUCGACGACGACGACGAUGACGACGACGGCAUCGGUGGCUUCAACGAAGACCCCGCCGACUUCGGCAACCCCAUGGACGUCGACCCCAGCAGCAGCGCCGCCGCGCCGCUCGACUUCUUCGUCGGGGAGAACGCCGUCACCGACGACUACCAGCAGGCGGACUACCAGGCGGAGUACGCCGCUGGGGGCGACAACGCGUCGAACAACGGGUCCGACGACGCGGGGGGCGAGCCAAGGGCGGGCGGGGCGUUCAUGCCGUUCGACCCAAGGAAGGCCCCGAACGAGCGGGAUCUUGUUCUGGCGAUGACCGAUGCGGACGCGGACGGCGGCGUGAUGAUGGACUACUUCGACUCCAACUUCCUCAAGAACUGGGCGGGCCCCGAGCACUGGAAGCUGCGCAAGGUCGUCCGACGCCCCGACGCAGCGGAAGCUGCCAAAGACCGGCCAAAGCGCGAGAAGAAGGAAGCCUUCAAGAUCGACUUCCUCACGCCCGCAGAGGACGACGUGAAGACACGCGCGAAGACGCUCUUCGCGCCCGUCACGCGCGGGGCGGGCAUCAACCUGCCCGGGCCGUCAACAAGCAAGAGCGCGGCGUCGCGCAAGACGGGGCGCGGGAAGAAGGCGAAGGAGCGCGAGAAGGAGAAGCGGGCGGAGCAGACGCUGCCGGACGACAUGCACUUCUCGAGCAAGUCGCUCGUCACGCUCUUCCUCAAGCCGAAGUUCUCAUUGAAGAUGCGCGGGUACCAGGUGCGGCCGGACGGCCGCGUCGACGGCGAAAUCGACGAGGCGUUCUGGGCGCAAGCGGCCGCAAAUCAGGCAGCAGGCGCAGGCAACGGCGACGACACACUCGACCCCGACGCCGUGCCCUUUGCAACACAAUUCUUCCACGACGACGACUACGACGACGGAGGCGGGUUCGACGAUGGUUUCGACGCCGGUGCGCCUGUCGAGGCGGGCGAGCAGGACUUGCUCGCAGCGACACAAGGGCAGACCCGACGCGUGAAAGUCGAGACCGUCAACUACGCGAGACGGGCGAAGCGUGUCGACGUGCGCAAGCUCAAGGACAACAUCUGGAAAGGGCUCGACAUCACGAUAGCUCCCGCGGAAGACGCCGAGGAUGCCAUGGAGACGGAUGACGCACGCCCACUGACAGACCCAUCCGACGGGCGCGAGUUCACGUCGGUGAUCACGGACCUGCGAAAGACGUACCCGAAGGACAAGAUGGAGGAGAUCAGCACGAGCUUCUGUUUCAUCUGCCUGCUGCACCUCGCGAACGAGCGCGGGCUCAAGCUCGAGGUCGACAACAAGGUCGAGGACGACAUGGAGGACGACGACGCCGACGCGGAGGCCAGCAAGGUCGGGAACCUGUGGGAUCUCAAGGUAUACCGGGAUCCCAACGCGACGCAGUCCGCAUAGCGACACGCCUGCUUUCUCUUUCUAUUUUACACGCUGUCCGUACACUUAUUUUACUCGUCUCGUUAUUCGGUGGUCUGGU